CCCGCCGCGCCAUGUUCUCGGUGCUCUCGUACGGCAGGCUGGUGGCCCGGGCGGUCCUGGGCGGCCUCUCGCAGACGGACUCUCGGGAUUACAGCCUGGUGACGGCCAGCUGCGGCUUCGGCAAGGACUUCCGCAAGGGCAUCCUCAAGAAGGGCAUGUGCUACGGGGACGACGCCUGCUUCGUGGCCCGCCACCGCUCCGCCGAUGUGCUGGGCGUUGCAGAUGGCGUCGGCGGCUGGCGAGACUAUGGCGUUGACCCUUCUCAGUUCUCAGGGACUCUGAUGCGCACUUGUGAACGCUUAGUAAAGGAAGGACGGUUUGUCCCAAGCAACCCGGUCGGGAUCCUCACAACCAGCUAUUGCGAGCUGCUGCAGAACAAAGUACCUUUGCUUGGGAGCAGCACUGCUUGCAUCGUAGUUUUAGAUCGGACGAGUCAUCGUUUGCAUACGGCCAACUUGGGGGAUUCCGGAUUUUUGGUAGUCCGAGGUGGGGAAGUCGUACAUCGAUCUGAUGAACAGCAGCACUACUUCAACACUCCGUUCCAGCUCUCGAUAGCACCGCCUGAGGCAGAAGGGGUCGUCUUCAGUGACAGCCCAGAUGCUGCUGACAGUACGACCUUUGAUGUCCAGCUAGGAGACAUCAUCCUGACAGCCACGGAUGGACUUUUUGACAAUAUGCCUGACUACAUGAUCCUCCAGGAGCUGAAGAAGCUGAAGAACUCGAAUUAUGAGAGCAUCCAGCAGACAGCAAGAAGCAUUGCCGAGCAAGCUCACGAACUGGCAUACGAUCCAAAUUAUAUGUCCCCCUUUGCACAGUUUGCAUGUGACAACGGGCUGAAUGUAAGAGGUGGGAAACCAGAUGACAUCACUGUCCUCCUUUCUAUAGUAGCCGAGUACACAGACUGACAGGCUGAAAGCAUCAGUUUCUGAUGACUUGCGUUGUUCCAGAGUUCCCGGCUUCACACAUACUGUUUCCUGCUGGCAGGGCAUCUGUCUUUGCAGCUGAUCUCAGUGGCUAUUAUGCGUUACGUCCAUUGCCUGUAUUAAGAUUCAUUCAAGGUCUCCGUCGAGAACCACUACUGGGGUACAUCUGCCAGCAAGAAAUGAAGAAUUUCAAUACUUGAAGCUUGUCUUUUUAAAAAAAAAAAAAGUAGUAGUAAUUAUUGCAUAGUAAUGUUGGGGGGGGGGGGAGAGUGAUAAUCAUGGUUAUGGUUCUGAAGACAGCAAGCGUCAAAGUGAAAGUGGAUGUUCAUAAUUCAAAGCUAGAUGUACUACUGAAAAUUGGAACGAUUCCUUUGUACGAAGACAUACUAUAGGGCCAGAAGCAGCCCAGUUCUCAUCCAUGAGAGGCCACAAAAUUAUAGCCAAGGGGCUGUGAUUUUUUAUGAACUUUUCAGAGGCUUCGGAGGGCUGCGAACCUCUUGGUUUAUGUGGCGCCAGCCCAGGAGCGUUGUCUGUUACUAAAUUUGAAACACAAUUAGCUUGUGAAACGUGCGUGUGAGAAAGUUGCCGAGUGUGCGUGGAGCAUGUGGUCUGUUGUCCUGACGGAAGUUCCGCUUCAUUUCUUCACAGGGUGUCGCUACUGUUAGCGGGAUUUUUUUUUCUUUUAGAAAAUAACUUCUCUAAAGGGAACUUCUCUGAGGAUCUUUCAGUUGAAAUAAAAGUCUGCAGAGAGAAGCACGGGUGUUGAAAGGCUUGCAUGUGUGCCUGAGCGAGUGACGUUAGAUUGGGCUUUAUGUGCUGCAGCCACGGCUAGAGAUGGUGGGGUGGUUGAUGCGGACGGGCCUCGGCUCUGAAUCUUCCCUUCUGGGUUUAAGGAACUUCACAGCGUCUCGCCAUGCGCGCCUCUGCCUGUGCUCCCGCAGCCAUUGCCAGUAACAUAAUGCAGAAAGGUGGAAUGAGUAGCGUUGGCAUUUCAGUUGGUGGCAUCGAGAGUUUCCGGAAUGGACUUUAAUGAUGUUUACAGGUAUCUAGUAGCCAUUUUUCAAUAGAGCAUUUCUUUUCAUUUACACUCGGUCCCGUUUCUUCAGUAGCUGCGAACUCCCUUUUUUUAUUGCUCAUGUAAAGAAAAAAAAAAUCAAUAGUGUAAAGAUAUAUAUAUUUUGGUCAGUUUUUUCAUAAUUUUUGCCGGUAGAAAAAUAUUUAGCAAUGAAAAGCCAUGUUUUAUAUAGCAGUUGAAUAAUGUUGAUGUUUAGAUGAUAAACUUGGCCAGUGGAAGCAAUCUUUCCUUAUUAAAAAAAAAAUGAAAAGGGGAUUUUACUGCCAGGUUUAUUGUAUUAAAAAAAAAACAAAACCUAAGUUUGAGGUUACCUCAGCCUGUGUUAAAUAUUUUUUGUGUGUGGUUGUACUGUAUAUUUGCAUAAUUGUGUCAAGCUUUUAUUUAUAAUUGUGUCACAUGUACCAUGUACAUGUCACUGUUUCAGUGCGUCUUGCUUCUGACAGGCAUUUCAUUUACGAGAAGGGGCUGAAUCAUUUGGAAGCUAUUUUUUUCAUCUGCCUUUCCUGAAAUCAGCAUGAGGAUUCCCCUCCCCCUUAAAUCACCCAGAAUUCCUUGUCACAAUGCCUUAACUGCCUGAAACUUGACAGAGGGAUUUUUUUUUUGGCAUGGAUUGCAGGAUGGCAUAGAAAUAAACUCAUUACGUGAUAAUUUUUGAAAUGUGGCAAAUGGUGACUUUGCACAAACUAUUUUAGUCUCCCUUACUUCAGAAGCUGUACAAGUUGCACCUGAGCAUCUUCAACCAGAAGGAAUGUAUUUUAUGCUUCAGUACUUGGCUUUUCUCCUGUGCCAGAAGAGCAAUUCUCUCUUUACGUUGGGCUUUCUCUGCUUUAAAUCUCCAGUCUUCACUGUUGCAGUUCCUCAUUAGAAUAAGCACUGAUUUCCCCCCCCUUCCCCUCUUAGCCUUGUGACCUCUCGCAGACACGGUGCCUCCAAAGAGCGGGGCUGUUUUCCCUGCUUCAGAAUCCUCUUCUGGUCUUUCUGCUGCUUGAGAGAGGGUAAAGGGCCCUCAGCUCAUCGCACGAAACACCUUCUCUGGAAGUUCAGGUGGUGGCGGGCCGGCACCCUUCAUCAUUCAUCCAGGUGGGAGAACUUGGGUCACGAUCCCUUGUGGCUGAACAGAAACUCCCGGUGGAGUUUGAUUGUCAGCCUUGCUUUGCUUAGAUCAGUUUUUAGUCAACAUGUAUAAAGCCAUUUGUGUCUCACCACAUUGUUUUAAUGAUAAAUACAUUUGGGGUUGUUUUUUUUUUUUUUAGAUUUGCAGAUACGGUUCCUUCUUCCCCUCCCCCCCACUGGAGACCAAAGACCAGUACAGUUUAUAGCUUUUUUUCCAUCGGUUUUUAAAAGCAAUACUGUAUUAUAAAGAAACUAAUAUUUUUAUUGCACGCUUGAAUUUUUGUUUUUGCUUUAAGAUGUGCCCUCAAAACAUAUCGGAGCCUAUUUCUUCCUAUGAACUUAAAGGCUGUCUGCGCACAAAUCUUUUUGGCAAAAGGAAAAGGCAGGAUUUCGAUACUCCGUACAUAACCUUUACCGCUGUAUGCAACACCUUACUCUUUCCCAGGAACUAGACUAGUGUUGUGAUUUGGCCCAGAGAAGACAUUCCAUUUUGUGUUCUCUUAAAUUUUUUAAAAAUAGAUGGAGACCGAGGAGAGCUGAAAACUGCAGACGUGCUUUGUAGAGUAUCUAAAAAGAAACUGUAUAGCAUUAUCCUACUUUGCUAAUUAACGCAGUAGCAGCCAUAGGACUGACCUUCUGGGUAUGCCCUGCAGUUGUGUUACCAAGUUGGUAGGUAUAGCUAGGCGAAUGUGAAAUACCCAUGUUAAUGAAGGAGUCUGACGUCCAUGAAUUCCCCAUCAGUUUAGCUAUCUUUGGAAAAGCUGACAUAUCCAAUUCCCGCCCCCCCAAUAUCUGCAAUUUCUGCAACAACUGAAGUAAAAUUGAUUUUAAAAAUAGACUGCAUUUUGGGACCAGAUUGGACAUAGACAAAACUGUCCUGCAGUGAGCAAAAACACGGGUAGCGUGAUUGGAGCUGCUGUCUGGGCAGUGGGAAACCAGACAGAAAGCUGAAUUGGGCUUUUAUAUGACAAAGAUAGCUGAUCUAAUGAGGCUUUUUUCUUGUUAAAUGAGACUAUUGUUACCUGUGCUUACCUGAAAGGCAGUUAUGUGAAUUGGAUGUCUGAAGUAUCAUUUGUGCAAGAAUACUAUCUGUAAAUACAUUUAAUGAACUGUAAAGAUAUUUAAUAAAUAUAGUAUUUAUACAA